AUUACUGGCAUGCUGAGCGGAAUUUGUUUUAAAAAGUGAUUAUAUGUUGACGAUUUACACACCUAGAAAAAUCACUUGACAGAUUAACUUGCAUUUAUAGUAUUAACGUAUUGACCCGCUAAAUGAGGAAAGUUUGAAAGCAUUUUAAGAUACCUGUUUAUGAGAGACUGGUGUUUGCAUCUCUAAAGAAGAUUUUUACACAAUGGAGGAAUUAAAUAAAAGUGUUAAUAUUGAAAAGAAUGAAGAAGAAGCGAGAUUUUCAUCAGAAGAAAGACUAGCAUGUAGUGAUAGAUUAGAAGACGAAGAAGUGUCCGUAACAACAACGGUGCAUACUGACAAAGACACAAUUAAAAACAACAGCAGUACCCCGGAAAGUGAAGCACUGACAUUGCCAGUGCCCAAUCGAGCAAAGUCUUCUUUUUUUAUUACUGACAUUCUUUCCUCCGAUAAGACAAGAGUGUCUUUACCGAGGGGGGACAAUGUGUUGUGCAGCGAUGAAAACCCACAUCAUAGACUUGACAUGUACUCGCGCGUCGGCCACUCGCCAUUUAAUGCAGAGUCCUUUGAUGAACUUGUCAAGCGAAAAUAUGGUAUCAAAAGAUCGUAUGAUGAAACAGAUCUAGUGUCAGAGCCCGCAUCCCCCGUGUCUCAAAGCGAACGUGAUAAUUUGGAUGAAGAAGACAGCGCAUCUUCCAGCUGCUCCAAGCACAAAAAACCUAGAAAAGCACGAACGGCCUUUACAGACCAUCAGCUGAAUUGUCUGGAAAAGAGCUUUGAGCGACAGAAAUAUCUAAGUGUGCAGGACAGAAUGGAACUAGCAGCAAAACUAAACCUGACAGACACACAGGUUAAGACUUGGUACCAGAACAGGAGAACAAAAUGGAAACGACAAACAGCAGUUGGAUUGGAACUUCUUGCAGAAGCCGGAAAUUAUACUGCUUUUCAGCGGAUGAUGCAAUCUAGCUCAUAUUGGUCACCGUAUCACCAACAAACCGCAAGGAUUCUAUCAAGCAUUGAUCCAUAUUACUUCCGUCCAUCCAGUACGUCACUUCCGUCUGCGCAGAAUCCACUUCUUACAAGAAUGUUCGGCCUGCAGCCAUCGCUUGGAAAUCUUCCGUCUUAGGUGAUGAGAUAUGAAUAACAGUCGAGAUUAACAAAUCGACAACACUUCUACAACGACAAUAAUUAGUCUUUUUGAAAAAGUAAUAAAAUAUUGCAGUUACAAUAAAUCCCUUGUGAAUAUAUAUGUAUAUAUACAUGAUUAAUUUUUUUAUUUAUUAUGAUUAUGAUCGUCAUUUGAUGAAAUAUAUGUAGAUAAUAAUGUACGAUGUAAAAUAAGAAUAAAAAGUAAACACUUUAUUUGUUAUGAAUUGUUUUAAAAUCAUCAAUGAGAAUAUCUAAUGAUAACAGAGCGAAAAAAAUGUAUUUUUAAUUGUACUUCGGCAUAUCAUAAUUUUAGAUAAUAAAACUGACUUUAAUUUUAAUGUGAAAGAUUCUUUAAAUGUGCAUCUUAUAUCAAUGAUGUUUUAGGAUGUUUAAUAACAAACUUUAUUUAGUUACAACACACAGUUAAAGUAUAUAAGUUAUCAUGAGAAUCACCUAACAGUGAACAUUACAAUGAAUUUUGACUUUUCAGUAUCCAACUUCAACAUUGUGUCAUCCAAUAUAUCAAGUAUUUUCACAAAAAUAUCAUUUUUCUUUUAUUUCUAAUUUGAUAAGCCAAACUUCAAAAUUAAUGAUACUAAUGUAACUGUCUUAUUCAUUGCGUUUUCUUCAUAGUUUACUAAAAUAAUAUUUUGCUAAUUUAUGAAAUUUGUAGAAGUUUUAAAAUUCUACAUCAUUCUUUGUAAAUAAAGUUGCUUUUGAAGUCUCAAUAAAUUUAUCGUAAUUGAUACAACGAUAGAUAUGGCAUGUCAACAUUCAAUAUAUAGAUAGGAAGAGUUUUUUCCUUAUAUAAACCUUUGAUAUGAAUGAAAUCAUUUAUUUCUUUUUUAUUGGGCCAAGAGGUCAUAUUUAGGAAGGCACAUUGACCAUAGUCACUUACGCUCAUGAUCUGAGUGUUGCAUUAUAAUAAACACUAAACUUGGAUUUUGUUUACAAUUCUGAAUGAUUUUACUUUCUGAAGCAUUAAAUAUAAGUAAAAAUUAGAAUAUUAAGGUUUAAAGAAAAUUUGAAUAUGGUUGAUACGUGAUCAAAUCUUUAGAAAAGCCCUUUUUAUAUGAAUUGACCAGUCAUGUUUAUAUCAAAUCAAACUUUUUUAAAAUUUCCUUCUUUGGGUUUUAUUUUAGAAAUACUACGCGCAGUGGUGCAAUUUUUUUCUUUUGAUACGUCCAUCAAAAUUGAUUCAAAAAUUUCUUUUUAACAAUUUUAUGUCACAAUAAAAUAAGCAGCAAAAUGCAAUUUUAAUUUUAUGAUUUUUUUUUUUUUUUUUUACAAAAUCAUCAAUUUCCAAC